AUGCUUGGGUUGACAGCUGACCGGAUCCAUUACACGAAGACCCUUCACGGCGGGGAUGUGCUGACUUCAAGACAGACGCCGUUCUAUGAUCCCAUCGUAGUGGAACUUUUGGUGACCAGUUGUCUCGCAAUAUUGGCAUCGCUGUGGUUUUCUGCACUCAUUAUCGGCGGUGUCGCUGUCGCCGGUUUGGGAACAUACGCCUUUGAGCAAGUCUGCAUGUGGAUUCUAUGGGUCAUGUUCCUCGUCGGGUCCGCAAUCUUCGUGCAUAAAUUCCCGCACCUCAAAUUCUGCCGGGGUAGCCACCGCUUUUGUGGGAUUUUGGAAACCAUCAAAGCCUUCUCAUUUAUCCUCUGGAUUCUUUUGCUCUUCCUCAUCACCGCCAGCAUCGCCAAUAUGUUCAUGAACCAUCAUGACCUCAUGGGUCCCGUGCAUGGUCGCUCAGACACGGGUACAUAUCCUAAUACCACGGCCACCACUACCACCACGGCAGCCCCCGCGAACCCCUACCCAGAGACCCGCGCCGUCGACCCCGCUAGCCGAGCUACUCAACCACAAACUGAAUCCGCUACCUCGCCUGCUUAA